CGCUACCUCCCCGGAACUCAAACUUUAACUGAACAGUGAUCACGGGCUGUGGGAAUUGCGAAGGGAUGGUGUAGAGUAUCGCCACAACAAUGUUGAUAUGAUCACUCGUCGUUUCAGCGGGCAUGACUUGGUACAUCCAGUGACCCAGCAAAAAGUAGCCUCGGUACAGCCAGAAGUAGCAACAAAUCGCAAAAGGGGAUCCUUGUCUGACUGGUGGCUGGACCACAUGACACUUGUUGGAAAAGGAAGGACCAAAGGUGCCAUCGUCGAUGGCCCAGAUAUAUGAAGAGAUUGAAGCCUGGGCUGCACACAAUCCUGUUAGUAACAAAAAAAAAUCUAGAAAGAGGUCACCACCCACUGAAGAUCUCAUCCAAGUUUACCAAAGACUCCAAAGCAGUGCAGGAGAGGAGCGAAACAACCGCAAUUCCACUCAUCACCGAAUUUGGCGUCGAGACAAUCUUGACACUAGAGGCGUUGAUUUCGUUUCUUGUAACGGAAAUUUCAGCACUGGGGCGAGUUCGGUCAAAUGAGUGCAGCUUCAAACGCACCGUCACCUGGCGCCAUCUGUAUAUUGAAAAUCCCCGCACAAAUGAGUGUGUGUCUUGUUGGUUAUUCGAGCAGUUCUAGUGAUUCGGAGGUUGAUGUCUCACAAGAUGCAGGCAUGGUGAUCAGGAAACGUUCUAAAGACACCACCGAACACGAGACUGUCUCCAAACGGUCGAGGUUGCUGCCUGCAAUAGAUAAAGGUAGCAGUACAGAGGGCAAGGUCAUAAAGGAAUUGGCGGGAAAUUCAAAAAAACUACCCUCUGUUCCAAGCAACAUCACAGGUAUGUUUUUGGAUAAACAUUGUGGCAGCAACGUGUUUGACGAUAAGGCACAACAUGAAGGCCGAACGAGACAAUUCAAACAUGAACGAGGAAACUGGGCGACGUCAGUAUAUAUACCAGUUGAGGGAGGUGCAAGCUUCGAGUGUUUCCUGCAAGAGGUCAUUGAAUGUGUGCAGCCAACCUUAGGCGAGAUGAAACCAGUUGAUGAUUUCCACAUAAGUGUCUCAAGAACAUUUCCCAUUCGUCAUCAUUGGAUUGAUCCUCUCACGACUUCUCUGAGAGAUUGCAUCCUGAAUAUCCAGAGCUUUCCAUGUAACUUCCAACACUUCAAGUUUUACGUCAAUGAUGAUGAGUCAAGGUCUUUCCUUGGUUUGAAUGUGUCCGGUUGUGAGGAGGAGAUGAAAUCUCUUGUUGGUGUCGUUGAUAGUUGCUUGAAAGAGUUCAGGCUGCCAAUGUAUUAUGAGGCGCCAUCGUUCCAUAUGAGUAUUGGGUGGACACUUGGAGACAUUCGGCCCUCACUUACAGAAGAUCUGAUGGACAAACUAGGAGCUUUGCUAUGCUCGUAUCAGGACGCUUCUGGUGGGCUUUGGCCCUUUAUGGUGGAACAGGCCCGGUGUAAAAUAGGAAACAAAUGCUUCAAUUUCCCACUGAGAACAAGAUAACACGAGUCUUAUGUCAAAAUAUUUAUCUCACCAUAACCGUGUGAGGACUGUUUGGCCUGAUUGUCUUUAUCCCCCUACCCCAUUCAAAUUUUUCAUGUUCAUGGGUUGUGAAAUGUACCAGACUACUUCUCGUUCCUGAAGCUGAACCUUAGCACGAUGAUCAUUGUUGUAAUUGGAAGACAAGAAAUCAUCCUCAGCAUUGCUGUGUUGCACGGAAAGACAUUUUGUGGUGUUUGAUUGUAAUGUCUAUUUGGUCUUUUGAGAACAAAGUCUCAACCAGAAUUCAGAAAUAACUUCAAUUUAAUUAUCCAGCAAGACGCAAUCUUUGUUACUCCCCUGAUUGUGUUCAUUUAGUUCUCAGAAUCUUUUCUGAGAUGCCCUGUAUUGUCAUCCAUGGAAUUGUAUCACAGGCAGUUCUACUAUUCUUGGUCCUCCAUACAAACAUUUGCUAAUGUGACGAUGCAUUUCUAAUGGGGAUAGAAUGAACACAUGGCUUGAUACUUUUGAGUCUUUUGUUAAGUUUUUUGAGGAAAUAAAGUUCGUAAAAUUCA